AUGUCCCUCCUCAAAGGCCAACGCUCCAUCCAAACCAUCAUCCUCCCCCUCCCCCCCUCACUCCGUCCAGCCUACGGCAACCACUUUUACCGCUGGCUCUUCGCCAUCUCCGCUCCCUUUUCCGGCGUCGGCCACCCCUCGCAAUCCAUCACUUCCCCUUCCUCCGUCUGGGAGAUCUACGAAGUGGCGCCUCAACCCGUCAUCAGCUCUUCGUCUUUUUCCUCCCAGUCCCAUACACAGUCGCAGUCCCAUCAACAACCAACCUUCAACUACCUCCCCUCCGCCGACCUAACCACGCAACAACUACUCAACAUGCAAGGGACGUUCAUCCCGUUGUGCGUGGCAGACGAAAACAUGCGGGACGUGUUUCUGGAAAAGGUGGAUCGGUAUAUUACGUUUCCGCCGACGGAUAAGGGGUUUAAUGAUCAGACUUUUGUGCUGGGGGUUGUGGAGGAGUUGAGAGGGGAGGGAUACUUGGGGGAAGGGGAGUAUGCGGCUUGGGUGGAGGCUGUGGGGGGGUUUAGGGGGUAG